AUGAACAGCAACACCCUGUGCGAGGCUGGAGCUGCGCGGCUUGCAAACGUACUGCCUCUCUGCACGCUAGUGAAGGAGCUAGAUGUGGGAGACAACUUCUUCGGGCCGGCCGGGGCUGGUCUGCUGUCUAAAGCUCUUCCCUUGUGCCCCAUCCUGACGCACCUGAUGAUGCGGCAGGACGAGAUCGGGCCGCAGGGCGUGCAGUACCUCGUUGACGUGCUCCCUCUCUGUGCCGUGCUGGAGCAUCUCGACUUGAACAGCAACUGCAUCGAAGACCAUGGCGUCGCUCUGCUCGCAUCUUGCCUCGACCGAUGUGCUUCCCUCGCCCACCUGGACCUCAGCAACAACUCCAUCGAGAACGUGGGAGCCGCUUGGCUGUCGGGCGCUCUCAGCAGAUGCCCGUCCCUCAAGAUGCUGGUCUUGCGGGGAAACGGGAUGGGACGAGAAGGAGCCGCGAGCCUGUCGCAGGCGUUUGUGCAUUGCAAGUCGUUGGAGCACGUGGAUCUUGGUUUCAACGACAUCGGGGAUGAGGGUUUGCUUGCUGUUUGCAAGGCGGCGGUGAUGGGCAGCUGUCUGAGAGAGCUCAACCUUGAGAGCAACAGCCUCACACACGUUGGCGCCUCGAGCCUCGCCAACACGGUAGCCUGCGUCGAGAGGAUCCGAAACGUGAACCUGCGGGGAAACUCGAUAGGGAACGGGGGAGUCAGCGGGCUGGUGCAGGCCCUGAUGACGAGGACGGAGAAGUUCGUUUGCGACGCUCGAGAGAACGGGAUCACAGACGAC